UCGUACGAAAUCGCCAUCCCCAAGAAGCUGAGCUUCCGGGGAGGGGAGCCAGGUGUGGCCAAGCACCUGUUGUACCUCCUGCAGGUUCAAGGGAAGAAGCAUGUCCUCCACCUGUGGCCCAAGAGGUUUCUGCUGCCCCGACACCUACCGGUUUUCUCCUUCACAGAUGGGGGCGAACUCCUGGAGGACCACCCUUACGUGCCCAGGGACUGCAACUUCAUGGGCUUGCUGGAAGACGUGGAGGAUUCUGAAGCCACUUUCAGUACGUGCAGUGGGGCCCUCCGAGGCGUGCUGAAAAUCGAUGCCCAACAUUACCAAAUCGAGCCCCUCCAGGCCUCUUCCAGUUUUGAACACGUCGUCUAUCACCUGAAAGACGAGGAAUUUCAGAAUCCGAUCUGUGGCUUAACUGGUGAUGACAGAGAACAGGAGAUGGCCCAGCAUGAGGACGUGGCCAGGGUUCGGGGCUUGCGUGGACCCCCUAUGCAUCAGAAGUACUUGGAACUAGCCCUGAUCUUUGAUCAUGAGAGAUAUUUGUUUUCGAAUUCCAAUCUCACUAACGUCAUAAAUGAUGCCGUUCUCCUGACUUCGAUUGUAGACACUUACUUUCAGGAACUCCGUUUAAGAAUACAACUAAGCACAAUUGAAGUAUGGACAGAGCAAGACAAAGUCAAUCUUUCUUUACCGCAAUUACAACAAGUGUUAAACCAAUUUCUGGUAUACCAGAGGAGGGUGCUAAGCGUUAAGUACUCUGUAGAUUGGACACACCUAUACGUUAAAAGACGUUACCCCGAUGCUUUUGCAGGGUCUUGGGGAAAAGUGUGCACUAAGAAAAAGGUUGGAUCUGUAAACAUUUUUCCAGAUGUAAAUAUCCUUGUCCCUGCUACCCAUACUGCUCAUAAUCUGGGCCAUAGUGUGGGGAUGGAACACGAUGUACUACCUUACUGCCAGUGUAAGGGUAGGCAUGAUUGCAUCAUGGGCGUCGGACGAAACGGGUUUAGUAAUUGUAGCUAUAUCCAUUUUUUUAACCACGUCCAUAAAGGUGCAGACUGCCUAAAUAAUAUUCCGGAUAAAACUUAUGUGGUUCAGAGAUGUGGAAACAAAAUCGUGGAAGAGAACGAGGAAUGUGAUUGUGGUUCUCUAGAGGACUGCAAAGGAGACCAGUGUUGUGAGCCAGACUGUAAAUUCAAGCAUGGUGUCAACUGUAGCACUGGCCUUUGCUGUCACAACUGCCACCUUCGUCCGUCUGGGUAUAUAUGUCGGAAGGAAGAAAACGAAUGUGACCUGGCGGAGUACUGCGAUGGGAACUCAAAUCUCUGCCCAAAUGACACUUAUAAGCAGGAUGGAACCCCGUGCAAGUAUGAAGCUCAUUGUUUCAGGAAGGGGUGCAGAUCCACGUAUAUGCAGUGCCAAAACAUUUUCGGACCUGAUGCCAGGGAGGCUGCUCACCAGUGCUUUGAAGUAGUUAAUUUAAUAGGUGACCAAUAUGGGAACUGUGGUAUUAUGGGAACUAAGACCUAUAUAAAGUGUACAAAGCAGCAUUCAUUAUGUGGCAGGAUACAGUGUAUAAAUGUCAGAGUUCUCCCCGAUAUGCCAGAUCAUACUACGAUUACUUCGACUCAUCUGCAGGAUGAAAAUCUCAUGUGCUGGAGCAUAGGCUAUCAUCUGUCCUUGGUAGCUUUGGGGAUACCUGACCUUGGUGUGAUAAAUGAUGGUACCUCCUGUGGGAAGGACCAGAUAUGUGUGAACAGAACUUGUAUGAGUAAGUCGAUCCUGAACUUCGACUGUUUGCCCGAGAAGUGCAACCACAGAGGCUUUUGCAACAAUAACAGAAACUGCCAUUGCAUGUAUGGCUGGGAGCCUCCGUUCUGUGAGGAGAUGGGGUACGGCGGAAGCAUCGACAGCGGGCCGCCGGGACCGCUGAAGUUGGACCUGCCGGACUCCGUUCGGAUUGUGUUCCUUAUAUUUUUCCGCUUUAUUUUGUUAGCCAUCUCAGUGAUCAUUGUGAUCUUCAGGCGAUGGAUAAGAAGUUACUUACAGCCCCAACAGAAAGAAACACCACCGCCUGUCACUGCAGAGGAACCACCCAAGGAGAAAACUGUUUAAAAAAAAAGGAUCAGGAAAUCCACUGUCACUCAGUGACACAGGGUCACACAUUGAACAAGCGUAUCGUUUACUCGAAUGG